CGUCCCAUUUUACCGUCAACUAACCCAACAACCAAAAUCACCAAAUCGUGUGGAAUUUGGGGUUGUAUUUUUUAUUAUGGAACAAGAUCCCUCUCCUGCAACUCUAACAUCGCGUGCCCAUAAUUCAUCUGAGGAUCGUGAUAUGGAUUUUCCGGUGACCGGAGCUGAUCCGACUUCCUCCAUUUGGGACUGGGGCGAUCUUCUGGAAUUAACCACUAACGAUUGCUUUCCCAUUUCGUUUGACUAUUACAGUUUAUCUCCUCCUCCUUUAGAACCUCCAGCUGCGAAACCGAAUACAGUUCCGGCUGCCGAUCGUGUGAGGAAGCGGGACCCGAGGAUGACUUGUUCCAAUUUUAUAGCUGGUCAAGUCCCGUGCGCCUUCCUCGAGUUCGACGCCCAGCUCGAGAAGCUGGAAGAGGAAGAGACGGGGGCACCGGGAAAGAAGAGGGCCCGAACUGGUCGAUCCGGGUCGGUCACGUACCGGUGCCAAGUUCCGGGUUGCGAAGUGGAUAUUAGCGAGCUUAAGGGUUAUCAUAGGAGGCAUAGAAUUUGUCUACGAUGCGCCAAUUCCAGCACCGUUUUGAUCGAUGGAGAAACCAAGAGAUAUUGUCAACAGUGUGGCAAGUUCCACCUGCUCUCCGAUUUUGAUGAAGGUAAGAGGAGUUGUAGAAGGAAACUAGAGCGUCACAACAUUAGACGGAGAAGGAAGCCUGCUGGUUCUAUGACUGCAGUCAAUAAAGAAUCUCGGGAUGCUGUACAAAGUGAUGGCAUUGCUUGUGAUGAUGAGGCCGGAAAAGAUGGUUCAAACUUGAGUUGCCAGAUCAUCGAAGAAGAACCAGCCUUUGAGUCUGAAGAUGGGCUUGUUUCUGCUCAUUGCUCAGCUCCUGCUUUGGAGAAUAUUCACAAUGAUAGUGUAGUAACUCUUAUCGACAAUGAAACAGAUGGAGGGAAAGAUGAUUUCAAGUUUUCAAAUUCUGUUUCUUACUCUGACAGUAAGACUGCAUACUCAUCCAUGUGCCCUACAGGCAGGAUCUCAUUCAAGCUUUAUGAUUGGAAUCCGGCAGAAUUCCCGCGAAGACUUCGGCACCAAAUUUUUGAAUGGUUGGCUAACAUGCCUGUUAAGUUGGAAGCCUACAUCCGUCCUGGUUGCAUUAUCUUGACUGUGUUUAUUUCGAUGCCAAAGAAUAUGUGGAUGAAGUUAUCUGAAAAUCCAAUGACCUAUUUGCACGACUUUGUCUUUAGACCUGGAAGGAUGCUAUUUGGGAGAGGCUUCAUGACUAUUUAUCUUAAUAACAUGAUUCUCCGUACUAGGAAAGAUGGAACUUCAAUGGUGAAAAUUGAUGCAGAGUUGCAGGCCCCAAGACUUCACUAUGUUCAUCUUUCAUAUUUUGAGGCUGGCAAGACGAUGGAGUUUGUUGCUUGUGGAAGUAAUUUGCUGCAUCCCAAAUUUCAGUUUUUAGUAUCUUUUGCUGGAAGGUAUCUGCCGAAUGAUUAUCAUGUUGUAUCCUCACAUGUUCAUAGUAAAGAGGGUUCUCCUAGUUGUGAUCAUCAAUUAUACAAAAUAUAUGUCCCUCAAACUGAACCAAAUCUCUAUGGUCCUGCAUUCAUUGAGGUUGAGAAUCAGUAUGGAUUGUCCAAUUUCAUUCCCAUCCUAAUUGGAGACAAAGAAGUCUGUCCCGAGAUGAAGUCAAUACAGCAGAGGUUUGACGCAUCUGCAUCUCGACAGGGUUCAAAAUUUUCUGCCACUGGGUCAUUUUUUGAGUCAUGUGAAGCAUCAACUUUAAGACAAAGAGCUUAUUCCGAACUUGUCUUAGAUAUAGCAUGGUUAUUGAGGGAGCCUAAAUUGGGAAUUUUUCAAGAAACUAAGGCCUCUUCCCAGAUUCAAAGAUUCAAUCGGUUAUUGAGUUUUCUCAUACAAAACAAAUCUACAGUCAUAUUGAAGAAGAUAUUACAAAAUCUGAAGAUUGUGGUGGGGAAGAUGGGAUUUAACGGAGCUAAUGAUUCUGAUAUAAUGUUAUUACAGAAAUAUAUGGAUAAUGCUAGAGAUAUCCUUAGGGACGACGAACUUCAGAAAGGUGAAAUUCCCGAGUGUCGUUCAGAGUACAUUGAGCGAGAAAGAAAUCAACUUUCUCAAAGCAGCUUUGAGAAUGAUGAGCCAUCCGUAGUUUCAAAUUUUUCUCAGGUUUUGGAUGAAAACACUGAUGGUAAAUUACAAACAAUUAUGGCACCAACUACCUCUGGUAGAAGCGAAGAAACUGUUCCACUUUUAAACAAAGAAACUAUCAUGAAUCUGAACCCCAACAAGGAUUGCAGGACAAAAUCGUGUAGUUUUGCUACCACGAGAUUGAGUUCCCGUCCGGCCUUAUUAGUAAUUGCAACGGCGGUUAUUUGCUUAGCCAUGUGUGCAGUCGUUCUCCACCUGAAAAGAGUAGGUGAGUUUGCAGUAACUCUACGCAGGUGUUUGUUCGACAGACGAAACAAUUAGCACACAUGACCAGAUAAGGUAUGUGCUUCAACACAAUAUAAAUAUAUGUAAAUAUAUGUAAAUAUAUGUAUGCUAGUGUUUGAGAAAUCAUUCAGUCCGAAUGCUUCAUGAUGUUGUUGAGCUUCACCCAGUUUUGAGUUGGUUUUCUUGAUGUAUUUGACAUUGGUUUUCCUGAACCCAAGUGGGAAACCUAGAACUUGUAGAAGAAGUAUGAAUGGUACGACUUUUCAUUUUACUGUUGUAUUUGACACUGCAUAUUUAGACAUGGCUUGGGAGUACGGUGCUCCAUGUCCGACUGACAUAAUUGGCAAUGUGAAGGUUGCUGAAUCAUGUAAGACUGGGGGACCUUUUUC